CCCCCCCUUCCUGCCACUGUCCCAGUGGGCCCCCUCUUUUCUAGUCCCCCCUCCGCCUGCACCAUGGAUCCCCGUCUGCUCGCCACCACACCCGCCUCCUCGAGGUCCCUGUUCGGCCUCAGCCCGGCCGAGGCCAACAACGAGGCCAUCCUCUCGCGCUAUCUGGAGCUGGGUAGCCGGACAGACACGCUGGUCUGCGUGACCUACGUCUGGGUCGAUGCCGAUGGGAUCACCCUGCGCCAGAAGACCCGGACCCUGCCUCGCAGCAAGAUCCAGUACACCAUCCCGGAGUGGACCUUCGACGGGAGUAGCACCGGCCAUUCGCUGACCGGGUACAUCAACAGCGAUGUGACCAUCCGGCCGGUGCACGCCUUCCGGGACCCCUUCCGGCCGGGGCACAAUAUCCUGGUGCUGUGCUCCACCUACUCGGCCGAUGGCCGGCCGCAUGCCAGCAACCUGCGUGAGCAGGCCCUCGCCGAGGCCCUCGGCGACGAGGCGGUGGUCAGUGCCCAGCCCUGGUUCGCCUUCGAGCAGGAGUACUACAUCAUCGAGCCGGAGACCGGGCUGCCGGUGGGCUGCCCCCGGGCCACCCCGUUCCCGGCCCAGGGCCCGCAUUACUGCAGUGUCGGUGCCGGGCGAUCCUUCGGCCGACAGAUCGUCGAGGCGCACCUGGCCGCGUGCAUGUAUGCCGGGGUCAACAUCAGCGGCACCAAUUCCGAGACGGUCCCCGGCCAGUGGGAGUUCCAGGUGGGCCCCUGCCAUCCCGGGGCCGAUACCAUGCCCUUCCGCCAGUUUGACUUCCCCCACUGCCUGCAGCUGCUCCGCGCGUUGCAUGAACCCACCGCGGCGGCGGAUCACCUGUGGAUGGCGCGCUUCCUGCUGCAGCAGGUGGCCGAGGACUUUGGCAAGGCCAUUUCCUUUGCCCCCGGCCGCCUGGCCCCGCAUUGGAAUGGAUCCGGCAUGCACACGAACUUUUCGACGGUCACCAUGCGCGACGACUCGGCCGAUGCCGGGAGUGGCUCCUCCUCGCCGUCGUCCCCCUCCUCGCCGAAGAUGGGGCCCGGCAGCUCCGGGGCCUCGGUCGCCGGCAGCAGCCGGUCGCUCAAAACCAUCGAGCAGAUCGAGGCCAUCCAGUGCACCUGCAGCAACUGCCCCAAUGUGUUGGAUUGGUUUGCCAACCAGGGGCUCGCGCCGCCCGGGCCGCCGUCCGCCCCGUCCUGCCGCGGGGUGGAGGCCGUCAUUCAGGCGUGCAUCCGCCUGGCCGGCGGGGGGGACUCCUUCAAGAUGGCCUAUGGGUCCGGCUGCCAGGAGGGCUCGGCCCACCGGGAUCAGUUUACCUUCGGCAUGGCCAACCGCGCGUGCUCCAUCCGCCUGCCGGUGGCUUCGCGUCGCAUUCACAACAGCGGCUUCUACCUGGAGGAUCGGCGCCCGCGCAGCGACGCCGACCCGUACGCCGUGUCGGCCUACAUCGCCCGCAUGGUGAUCCUCAGCGAGGCGGUGGAAACCCGUGUGGCUUCCUGCCCGGAGGCCCUGGCCCGGGAUCCCAUCCUCCCGGGCCAGUGUGCCCGGCGUCUGGCCAUUCUGCACCUGAGUCUCCAGUCGGGUGAGGCCAUUCGCCUGCCCUUCGUCAGCAGCUCCGUCCCCUUGGCCUCGGUGUCCUCGUCAGCCGCCUCUUCUCCGCGGUAGAGAGGCCUGCGGGAGGGCCCGAGCGCGGGGAGGGGCGGGGGCGGCUGCGGGCGGUCCUGGGGGGACAGGCAGAGAGCGAGAGCGAGAGCGAGAGAGAGCCCCAUGUGCCAUGGUCUUUUUUUUUUGAUGCCCGUGCUAUGUGUAUUGCCGCGCAUGCGUCCUAGUUCUCUUCCGCUCGAUCUCUCCUUUGCCUUGGGUGUGUGCUGUCUGCCACGCAACUGGCCUCCCCCCUCCCGCCGUCCCUCUCUGCCCUCCCCCUCCCCCCCCCCUUUCCCCGCCCUUGUGAUACUAGACCUGAUGCCGGCGUC